AGCAGACGAGAGAGAAACAAAUACAACUGACGAACCAGAAUACAGUACAGCAGUAAAUAUUCCUGACUUUUCCGGGUUGUGUUGAUUUUGCGAAUACCAGUGACAACAAGAAAUAAGGGAGAUAACGUGUUAAAGCGGACAAUUUGACUCAAAAUAACUAUUUUGGGGGUAUUUUGCUAGACGAUAUUUGGCGUUGGAGGAGAUGGCGCAGAAGAUUGGAGUUGGUUUGUUUUGCUGUGUUUUUGUUAUUGCCUGCCUGUCCAGCGAAGCGCUGAUGCCAGAUGCGAGGAAGCUGGAGAAAUGGAAAGAAAGGGAACAGAAGACGUGGUGCGCCACGAAAUGGACGACGAGUUCCACCAGUCAGAUCAAGGUAUUGGUCCACGCGGCGGGUUCCCACAAACUCCACCAUGAUGAUGACAUAUCUUACAGGGUUUGUCGCAGGGAGGACACGGAUUGUACCAUGCAGAGUCUGUUGUGGACAAACACUCAUCGGAUCAUGAAGGGGGAAAGCACGAUCAUUAUGUCCCAGAUCACAUUACCUCGCGACCGAGUACAGUGCCAGGACUGCGUUCUACAGUGGCGUAUCAACAAAGCUGCCGGACGACACUCCAUGUGGAGGACCUGCCACAAGCAUCACAAUCACCAGAGAGGGAGACUACGCCGAGAUAUAGCAGAGGUGACCUUAGGACCUCCCAGCUUUGAAUGGACGAUUGAUUCCAUUGACUUGGAGUUACACAGGACUACACCUCCAAUGACCCUUCCACCUACGCAGCCUCCGAAGCCGAAACAAUGCAAAGCUGUGGGUCUGUGGACCUCGGUCCCCGGGAUGAACAAAUGGUGCGAGCAGAACUGCGCGGGAGGAUACUGUCCGCCAGACCGCUGCGAAUGCAAGAACACAAACCCCCCGAAAUCCGACUGUAGGCCGGUCGGGCAGUAUGCUACAGUAGUUGGCAUGGAUAACUGGUGUGUCGUCAAUUGCGAAGCAGGAUUCUGUCCACGUUCUCAUUGUAUUUGUGAAGCGCCCGGCCCAAAAGGUCCGACGUGCCGUUCAAAGGGGAUGUGGAUGACUGUUAAUGGUAUGUCGGAGUGGUGCAAACACAACUGCGCUAAAGGUAAUUGCCUUAAAGAUAGGUGCACUUGUUUCGAAGCCGAAGCCGAACACCCGGGCCGAACACUCACUUCAGUUUCCUCGACUUAGAAGUACUGGCGAGCUCCACAGGAGCCGGUGCUACCAGUAAAGGAAUAUUUGGGUAUUUUUUAUUCUGAUUGCUCUGGUAUUGUCAUGUAUUGAAUCUUCUUCCCAAAACGAAUGACAUGCCGAAUGUAUCGACAUUUGCGACCAACUAAACAACGAUGUCCAGUGCGACAACCAGCACGUCGUGAUGCGGACACACUUGGCUGUGAUAUCAUGUGUAAAUGUUCAAUGUGCAUGCAUCAACCUAUUCAGAUAUUCUCAAAGGAACAACUUGGGCAUGGGAUCUAGGUGGCCAAAAGAAUAAUACUCACCAUCAUGUGCCACCAAUGUAGUGAUACAAUUAUGCGGAACUGGACAUGGCCUGCAAAUUUCAGGGUGGCCUACGGUUACUUUCCAUUCUAGUGCACUGUUUAUUGCAAUUUAAUGAUUUUUUUUCAAAGAUCUCGUCUAGAGAAGUGAGGAUACUGCUGGAAACCAUUUUCCUAUCAAAAAACAACAUAUCUCAUGCCCAAGUUCUCUCUUUAAGCAAAGCUUAGAAUGUAUCAAAGUAAAUAAUAAUUUGAACAAUGAAAAAACUAUGACUAUCAAACUUGGUUUGUUUUAUAGUACAUGUAGAUACAUGUAAUGUAUGCAAUGAAAAACAAAAGAUGUCAUA